AUGAUGUCUUAUCUCAAACAGGCCCCGUACGGCAUGAACGGACUGGGCCUGAGCGGGGCCGCCAUGGACCUGCUGCACCCGUCUGUUGGAUACCCAGGAAACCCGCGGAAGCAGCGCCGGGAGCGGACCACCUUUACGCGGACGCAGCUGGACAUUCUGGAGUCGCUGUUCGCCAAGACGCGCUACCCGGACAUCUUCAUGAGGGAGGAGGUGGCGCUGAAAAUCAACCUGCCCGAGUCCAGAGUGCAGGUCUGGUUCAAGAACCGACGGGCCAAGUGUCGGCAGCAGCAGCAGAGCAGCAACAGCGGCAAAGUGAAGCCCAUGAAGAAGAAGUCGUCUCCGACCAGAGAGAGCACCGGCUCGGAGAGCAGCGGCCAGUUCACCCCGCCGGUGGCGUCCAGCUCCUCCUCCUCCACCUCCUCCUCCUCGUCCUCCUCCUCCUCCUCCUCCUCUGUACCCUCCGGGCUGAUCAGCACCUCUACCUCCGUCACCGCUCCGGUGUCGUCCAUCUGGAGUCCGGCGCCCAUCUCCCCGGCCCCGGCGCCCGCCGCCCUCCCCGACCCCGCCGCCCCCACCAGCGCCUCCUGCAUGCAGCGCUCCGUGUCGUCCUCGGCCCCCGGAGGGAACCCGUCCUACCCGGUGUCCUACAGCCAGACGGCGGCGGCGUACAGCCAGGGCUACCCGGCCUCGGCGUCGGGCUCUUACUUUGGCGGGGUGGAGUGCGGCUCGUACCUGGCGCCCAUGCACUCCCACCACCACCCGCACCACCCGCACCAGCUCAGCCCCAUGACGGGCAGCUCCAUGUCGGGACACCCGCACCACCACAUCGGCCAGACGUCGGGCCACCACCACCACCACCACCACCCGUCGCACCACCACCAGGCGUACAGCGCGCCCGGCCUCGCCUUCAACUCCACAGACUGUCUGGAUUACAAAGAGCAGACGGCGGCGGCGGCGGCUUCGGCCUGGAAACUCAACUUCAACGCCUCGGACUGUUUGGACUACAAAGACCAGGCCUCGUGGCGUUUCCAAGUGCUGUGA